GGUAAUUUGCCCUUUUCCUCGGAAAUUAAUGUUGCUGUUUUUAAAAUCAGGGUUCCGGAAUUCCUGAAACCCUAGAAACAACUAAAAAAACAACUGCAGAGCAUCAGAACUCCAUUCUGCAAUUUUGAAAAGCAUCGACCAAUAAAUUUGUUCAGGGCUUUCUCAUCGAAAGAAAGACGGAGACAGAAUGGUCUGGUUUCAGUGUGAGGACUGCGGAGACAAUCUGAAGAAGCCGAAGCUGCCUGGCCACUACAGAGUGUGCUCUGCUUUCAAGCUAUCUUGCAUUGAUUGUGGUGAAGUGUUUAAUCAGCAAUCUGUGGAGAGUCACACCCAGUGCAUUUCUGAAGCGGAAAAGUAUGGCCCAAAGGGUCAAGCUAAAACUCCAGUAGGAAGAAAUUCUAAUCCCAACAGUGACACGAAAAAAAGGCCUGAUGUAGAUGUAAAUGUUGGUUUGUCAGAUCGCCCACCAUGGUUUUGCAGUCUAUGCAAGACUAAAGCUUCUAGCAAACAAACACUCCUUCUCCAUGCUGAUGGUAAGAAGCAUAGAGCAAAAGCACGAGCUUUCCAUGCAGCCAACCAACAACAGUCUGGGAAGACUGAACCAAGCAAUCCGGAAGAAGUUCCAGAGAGAAAAUCUAGUGAAGAACCCAAUGCACUCAAACCAUCUGAAGCAGAUAAUACAGAGUUACACUCGAACAAGAAGAGGAAGCUUGAAUCAUCCCAAAAUGGUGCGGUCAAACAAAGAGUUGGAGAGGAAAAAUCAACCAAGUUAGGAAAUGGUGAAGCUGUUCAGCUGGAGAAGCAAAACGUGGGGGAAACUAACAUUCAUGACAAGAGAUCCGAAAACAUUGCAGGGGUAGAAGUAGCAGCAGCAGAUAAAGUAAAGAAGAUUAAGUGGAAAAAAUUGAUCACCUCAGCUUUGAAAUCUAAUCCAGAUGAUGGUCUUAAGUUUAAGAAACUUAAAAAGGCGGUUCUCAAGUCUCUAAGAGAAUCAGGCUACACAAAUGAUGAAAUUAAAGUUCAAGAUAUUCUUGAGAAGAAAAUUACUAAGAGUGCUAGGUUUGCUGUUGAAGGGAAGUUUGUUCGUCUUGUAGCUAAGAGCUGAAUCCAUGAUUUCGUGGGUUCGGUGUGAAAGACGAGUUUUUGGAGAUAAUUCUCAGAUGAUUCGAGAGGUGUAUUGACUAUUGAUCCCCGUUUUUUGUAAAACCCCAUAGCUUUUCCCAGUCUCAUAAUUUAUUUGUCAAUCGGGAACUGUUGUAUUGUUGAAGAGACACUACACAUUUCUGCCAAUGGAAAAUGAGGAAUCACUUUUUUUGAUAUUUCAUUUCGAACUGAAUGAUAGAGGGCUAGUCCAUGAAGUAAAGCGUUGUGUUUGUUUUUUAUACUGUAUGUGUCCGUAAAAAAUCCAUUACAAGUUUACAACAGAG